AUGAAAAAAUCGACAAGGAAGAGGACUAGUAAUACUAGUAGAGCAGCCAAUCAUGAGGAUAAAGUGGAACAAAGUCAUUCAGUUGUGAAUGAUGCUGCAAUCAUAGAGGCAGAUGCUGCCACUCAUUUGACGACUUUCCCAAAAAGUCUUCAAUGUUCUCAUUUUAAGAACUUUGUUAAUAGUAAGGCAAAACGAAGGAAUAAUGGCCACUGUACUGCAAAUGGGCACAUUGACAUUGAUGACUAUGAAGAACUUGUUGAAUUGAAUGAAAAAUUAAUUGCACUUUGGAGUGGAAAAUUGAGACAUGAACAGACACAGCAUUGCUCGUGUUGUGAAAAUCCCUUCUCUCUGAAAGACGAACAAGUUAUUUGCUCGCAUUGCUACCACAUUUUCACGGUUCAUGCAUUUUAUGAGAACAAGGAAUCUUUUGAGAACAAUGGAGAAAAACAACCCAAACGUUGCCCUAAUUGCAAUGACCAUACGAUUGUAUUUCACUUGACCUAUAAGGAAUUCUUUUGCCUGGAAUGCUUUGAUUUUAUUACUCUCGAUUUUGAUGCAAUCAAGUUCAUUCUAUUACCCUGUCUUUGCAAAUCCAUGAGCCAAGAAUCGCCAAACGAAAAGCAGACGACAAGCACAAAGAAAAAGAGAAAAUUUUCACAUCCUAAAAGUGGAACUGAAAAUUUACCACACAUUGCUGUUGGAGAGUCAAUCAAGACGAUGCUAAAAAGCACUGUACAAACUCAGACAAAUCCCCUUAUUGGACUACGAGGAAUUGUAAACUUGGGAAAUACCUGCUUUAUGAAUUGUAUAUUACAGACACUAGCCCAUAAUGUAUCACUACGAAAUUAUUAUUUAUCAGGAGUUUAUUCUCAGUUGAUUGAAAAAGAAAUUGAAAAUGACUCCAAAUGUAAAAAUUUUGAGGAUAUCCAAACAUACUUGAAGAUGAGUAGAGCCAUGAAUAAUUUAUUCAAAGAAAUGUACGAUAAAUCAUGCAGCGAAUUAGAAAAUACGAGCAGCAAAAAGAGAUCGAGCAAUGGUAAAAGAAAAUCUGAGACCGCAGACGAGCAACCAAUAGUGCUACCAUUUGUUCCAAAUCAAUUCCUGUACAUCAUGUGGAAUGUUGCUGGCCAUUUGGCAGGCUAUCAACAACAAGACGCACACGAGUUUUACAUGGCCAUACUCUCAGCGCUUACUCCUGCAAAACUUCCAAACAAUCGAAGAAAUCUUAUUGAAGAUUUAUUCACUGGAACCUCUCAAUCAGAUUUAAAUUGCAAAAUUUGUUCAAAUACCUCCUCGACCGUGGAAGCAUUUAUGGACAUUUCUCUCCCUCUCAAAGCAAAGAGUGGUGAUACAUGGAUUGAGCUAGAAUCCUUAACAGAGUGUCUGGAACGAUACACAAAGGACGAAAACUUAGACAUUAGUAGUUAUUCUUGUAAAAAUUGCGGAUCCCAAGGGAAUUUUUCAAAACAGAUUCGCUUUAAACGACUGCCACACAUUCUAUGUUUUCACCUCAAAAGGUUUGAACAUUCAGAACUCGUGCACAGAAAUCGUAAGACAACGACAGGAGUAAGCUCCAAGAUUGAUUGGUUUGUUUCAUUUCCCUUGCAAAUAGAAAUGAAAGACUUUGUGGUUGGUGAGGAUGGAGGUGGUGUUCCUGAUAACAAAUAUUCACUCUUCUCUGUGGUUUGUCAUCAAGGAGAUUUGAGUGGAGGACACUACACAUGUUACGUCAAGCAUAAUUCUAGUUGGUUUUUGUGUAAUGACUCGAGUGUGUAUUUCGCCAAAGAGUCAGAUGUUUUGAAUUCAGAAGCUUACUUGCUGUUUUAUGAGAAGGCAAGUUGA